GGGAAGCCAUAAUGCGUUUUAAUUCAUAAACCAAUUUGAUAAUAUUUUUUUUUAACAAUUUCCUUUUAUUUUCUUAGCAAUUACAAUUCGAAAAUGGGUUUCGUCAUUCGAGCUCUGCUUUUGAUUGGCAUGGUUGCAUGUAUCACCUCUGUUGCCCACGCCAUUGCUGGUCAAGCCACUUAUUACACUGUGUAUACUCCUUCUGCGUGUUUUGGUCCCGUAGACCAAGGUACGAUGAUUGCAGCAGCGAAUAGUGCGAUAUUCAGUAAUAAGGCUGCAUGUGGAAGGAGGUAUAGGAUAACAUGCACCGGUCCAUCAUCAUGCAAAGGCGGAAGUGUUGACGUUACAAUUGUCGAUCUUUGCCCAGGAUGUCCAGCAAAUGGAUUUGACCUUUCGCUAGAGGCAUUCUCAGUUAUUGCUGAUCCUAGUGUGGGAAGAAUCAACAUUGAUUAUACUGAGAUAUGAAAGUAAGAUUACGAAGAAAUGAAGAAUAAGCUUUCAUGGUUCGAUAAGCGACAGUGUCACAGUGAAAGGAUAAAUGUUGUAUUUGUCUUGUUUCAUGGACAAGGUGUUCAAGUUGGAAAAUAAAACUUCAUAUUCUGAUUUGUUAUAUAAGUAUUUAUAAUUAUAAUUCUUGUGCAGUAAAACAUGCUUGUCCUCAUGCUCGUUAUGUAUGGUAACUAGGAAUUGCACCCUAUUUGAUAUAGCGG